AUGAGUUCCACCUCUGUCUCCCUCGGCGAUUCCUUUUCUCUCUCACCUGGCUCCGACUUCGAACAGACUCCACCCAGAAUUCAACACCACCAUCAACACCACCGCCGCCGCGACUGGUCGCCACCUCCAACAGCCCCGGCCGAUCCAGCAGGACCAAGCAACAGUUCAAGACCUGCGCACCCUCCCCGCCUGCCUUCUCCCCGUCUGUUUCGUGACUUCUUCAGUGCGAUGAGCGACACUGCCUCACGCAGACAAGCCACCCUACCCCCAGCAAAUUAUUCCGAAAGUAUUCAAGACGUCAAUCGAGCCCUACAGUCUGCAAAUAGAGCCUUGCAGAACGCGCAAGAGGCCUUUCAGAUCCGCAGAUCCAGACCUGACCGUCAGAGUCUUGUGGACUUGACCAGCAGUAGCCCACCGAGCGACCCCGCUGAAGUCAAUUUUCUCUCAGAAACCACCCACCCCCAAGACCCUCGCCCACACCGAACAGGCCAGCUAAAUAGCCUCAACGAGCCAGUUCACACCUUUGGUGCUUUGGAUUUACCUCCCAUCAAUCUUGGCAACACCGCCACGCUCCUCAGGCUGUGGCCCGUCCGACUGCAGGACUCAGAAUCUGCCAUUCCCAUCCCGUCUGACGUGCGUCGGCUACAAGAAGAAGAGGCCAUUCAUCGGCAGAGAGAAAACCACAACAACUGGCAAAGGACUCAAGCAAGGACUCGUGAAAGAGAACGCAUCCAGGCCAACCAGACACAGAGCAUGUCCCCCUCUGCCUCUUCUUCGUCAUCUCAACCCGCUAGUCGUCCCAGGUCUGCAAUUCAAAGAGCAGAGGAUCCAGCAAUAGAGUCAGUCGAUCUGACCGAGGUGGAUGACAAUGUAGGUUUAUCUUCAGCGCUCGCAAAACAACGACAAGAUGCAAUUCUAGCACAAAAUCCCGGCACGGAAUCUGGGCGCACAAAAUUGACCGCCUACAAGUGUCCUGUAUGCAUGGACACCCCGACUGACGCCACCUCCACCGUCUGCGGCCAUGUUUUCUGUCACCGCUGUAUUAUCGACACCUUGAACUGGUCCAUCGAUCAGCGACGCGAGGACAUGCCCACAAAUCGCAAAGUCAAGGGCGUAUGCCCUGUCUGUCGAAAACAGCUGGAGCUGAAAGAUACCGGCACUGGACGACAUCUCAUACCCCUCGAGCUAAAGUUGAUGAUGGUGUCAAAGCGUAAAAGAGACCAGGACAAGGAGGCUACCAAGGGCAAGGGCAAACAAAAGCUGGUCAAAGCGGGAACUCUAAGUGAAAACGAUGAAGACGAUGCACCUGAGCGGAAGAGAAACAAGGAGAGCACCUGGGCACGCAAGGCGAGCACGCGAGAGUCAACCGAGGAUGCUCUCUGGGGCGAGUUCAUACAGGAGCCGUGA